AUGGUUAAUAAUGUAACGUUAAAUGAACCAGUAAAGAAAAAGCCAAAACGAUUUGGAGAAGAUUUUGAAGCUGGAAAUCUUAGUGAUGAAUUGGAUAGUGAAUAUGAUGAUGAGUUAAACAAAUAUUUGGAACAACGUAUUGAUACAGAAUCAAUUGAUGAUAGUCCAUUAUCAUUUUGGUAUAAAAAUCGAUUUACCUAUCCUAUUUUGUCUCAGUUGGCACGUUCGAUUUAUUCCAUUCCAGCUAGUGCCGCUAAUGUGGAACGUACAUUUAGCGGAAGUGGAAUAAUGAUUAACUCCGGAUGUACUAGAUUAAAUCCUGAACAAAUCAGUAACGCCAUGUUUUUACGUCCAGUAAAAGAAAUGAGUGAUUGUAUUAUAAUUAUUUUUCAUUUUCAUAUGUUUAUUUAUUUUUUCUAUUUCGAAAUGAUGUUUAUCCAUUUAAAAUAUGUCUUUUCAUCUCAUGAAAUAAAAUAG